CAAUCCGUUUACUCCAAGCCCUUGGGGGAGAUGUUUUUCUUGAUUUUUUUUGGGUCACAAACAAGGGAAAAAAAAAGGUACUACUUUUUCCUUGAAGCCGUCCAUCCAAACAUAGGCUAAAUCCUGUACCACAAUGCCAAAAAAAAAUCGAAAAAGUUCACCAACGCUGGCAAGUAGAGGAAAGAAAAAACUGGAUAAUCAUUCCUAAAAUGCAGAAUCUAUAAGUGCACUGAAGCUUAAGAGAUCGUAUUGCCAACUCCUCCAAGUCCUGCAAUGAUAGGCAGCACUUUCAGACUCUACUAGAUGGGACUGACCGGCAGGAGUUAUUAUCUCAUCUGGUUGUUUCUCUACCUCUACUUCUCUCUGGUAUACAGCUUCAAUGAGAGUCUAGGUGAAUCUUUGGAUGCUAUACUUCAUGACCAUGCUUUUAGUACUUUGUUUCAUGGGAGAUCUCACACCGGUGCACUAUACAAUGCCAGUCUUCCACCCAAUCUAGCAGGGAUGAAGGUUUCUGUAGUCCGUCUUAGAAGCCGAACAUUGUGGAGAUUGGGUGCUAAUUUCAGCAAUUUCUCCAUCCCAUCAAGAACUCUGCCAGUGCCCUAUGUGAGGAGACUGCUAAUUGUCUAUCAUGAUCUAGGCAAUCUGUCGACUUACUACUAUAAUACAUCAGGUUACACCCUACUAACUUCGGUCGUUGGUUUUUUGGUUUAUGAUGCCUCAAAUUUGAGCAGCACAAGCCUCAGGAAGCUCGAUCUUAACCCCAUGGGGAAGCCUAUUUUAAUUCAAUUUCAGGAUCCGGAAUCACCUGGUGGCACUAAUCCAAGGGCUGAGUGUGCUACCUUUGGUGCCGGUGGGAAUGUAUUCCUCAGCAAAAUGAGCUCGCCGAAUCUAUGCCAGAGUAGAAGUCAAGGACAUUUCUCGCUAGUUACUAGAUUCAAGAAGCGGCCACAGGUAUGGAAAUUUUGGGUGAUAGGAUUUGUGCUUGGAUUUGUGUUCCUGGUCUCGGUGGGAUUCAUGCUGGGAUUAGUUUUAAUAGUUUUAACUGUGAAGAGGACUCGAGAAAUGGAAAGAGAAGCAGAUGAAGGUGAGUUCUUACAGACGUUUUGGGUUGACAGCAGCAAAAUGCCUCGCGCAUCAAUAACCAGAACUCAUCCCGUCCUUGAAAACUCAGGUCGUCCGUAGCCUUACUGUCUUCCUCAAUUGUUCAAAGCAUUCUUACUUUCUAUGACUGUAUAUGCUUGGGUCGUGAAUCAUCCGUCAUUCUUCUCACUU